GGCCGGAGGCUUCCGCGCAUGCCUAAGACGUGCGCUGUGCCGGCGAGGGUGGCAGUCAUGGCGGCUCGGUGCGUGAGGUUGGCACGGCGCAGCCUCCCCGCUUUGGCCUUGUCUCUUAGGCCUGGUACUCGGCUGUUGUGCACAGCACAAAAGAACAAUGGCCAGAACUUGGAAGAGGAUGUGGGGCAAAGUGAGCAGAAGACAGACCCUCCCUCUACAGAGAAGACCCUCCUGGAGGAGAAGGUCAAGCUGGAAGAGCAGCUGAAGGAGGCUGUGGAAAAGUAUAAGCGAGCUUUGGCAGAUACUGAGAACUUGCGGCAGAGGACCCAAAAAUUGGUGGAAGAGGCAAAAUUAUAUGGCAUUCAGGCCUUCUGCAAGGACUUGUUAGAGGUGGCGGACGUUUUGGAGAAGGCGACGCAGUCCGUUCCCAAAGAAGAGAUUUCAGAGGACAACCCUCACCUGAAGAACCUCUACGAGGGGCUCGUGAUGACCGAAGUCCAGAUCCAGAAGGUGUUCACGAAGCACGGCCUCCUCAGACUGGACCCUGUGGGGGCCAAGUUUGAUCCUUACGAGCACGAGGCCUUGUUCCACGCGCCAGUGGAGGGGAAGGAGCCGGGCACGGUGGCGCUGGUGAACAAAGUGGGCUACAAGCUGCACGGGCGCACCCUGCGGCCUGCCCUGGUGGGGGUGGUGAAGGGGGCUUAGCUGCCUGCCGGGCUCGGGCGGGUGACUCUUAAAAGGCUGGUUCGCCUCGUCUCCUCUCGGCCCUUCCCCACACCUCAUGGGAAAGCUUUAGUAACCAGCGGCUCAGCGGGAAAUCAGGCCGAUUGCACAGCUGCGUGACUGGACUUUAAUUCGGGAGCCUGUUUGUUGAUUUUCAAUACAUUUAAUAGUUCACGUGCUUACAGGACAGGCCGAUGGACACCACGGGACCCUACAAUAUCGUGAAUAACGCUAUUUCUGCUCUGGUGACUUUAAAGUAUUUUAAACGAAUAAAAGGUCUUGGGGAAUCAUGCUGUGUGGCUACUGGGCUGCGCCCGGCCACCCUGUGCUUCUGGCUUGCAGUGCUCGGGCUCAGGAACGCCCUGCCCACUACCCUGCACCCAGUGGCGGGCAAGCAGGGGCUCAAAUGUUGUUCCGGCUCAGAAAGCGUCCUCGGUGAAGAACGUAGGGAAGUCAUAAUUACUGCCUAGUGGCUAGGGAAGGCGGGCUUCCGGAUUUUCUGUGGGGGUGCAGUGAGCAUGCGCACCUGAACAGUUCUCACUACCUUAUUUUGCCAGUAACUGAAUUGGACAGGAUUUUUUUUUUACCAUUUUGUUCAUUUAGUUUUAGAAAUGUUUAAAUCUUAACAUUCAGCUAGACACUGAUGAUCUGAAGGGGUUUCCCCCUAGUAAGAUGGACUUCUCAAAAUUCGAGGAGUGCGUGCUUGCUAAAUUCUAAAUGUAAUGUUUAGUUUUUAAGUUUUAUUUAAGAGGAUUAAAGCCCUAAUGUGUUUUGAUUUUCCUACCUUCUGGUAACUACAUGGUGAACCUUGGCGUGUGGGUCCUCACUAAGAACAGCGUGGCUCAGCUCUCCCAGCCUCUGCUCACCUCGGGCUGUGCGCUUCGCACACGCAUGCAGGCGCGCCGGCUUCCGUCCAGGACACAUGCAGGCUGGCAUGACCGGCCUGCUCCGCGUGGACAUGUCCGCCCAAGGGCUGUGAAGGGGACGCACACACUCAGGCCCCUCCGGGUCCGUUACAGACAGACAAAAAGAACCCCCACCUCUGCACCUAAGGGGGGCUUCCAGGGUCGAAGAUCAGUCCUGGUCAACCCGUUACUGCAUGAAAGACACGGGGUGGUCGUUUUGCUUUAGACUUUGAAAAAUAUCAGUGAUAUUUCCAUGAUUAAAAUUUCAGUUCAUACAAUUCCAAGACAUUUUUCUCCUUUAAAUUAUUUGGU